AUGCAUGGUGUCCUACAGUACAUAUUAUUAACUACUUUAAGUGUGGAACUGAUAGUAGGAAAUUUAGGCAAUGCAUUCAUAGUUCUAGUGAACAUCAUGGACUGGGUAAAGAAGAAAAAGAUAUCUUUCAUAGAUCAGAUCUUCACUGCGCUGGCAAUUUCCAGAAUUUGUUUGCUCUUGUCACUAAUUGAAAGUUUUUUCAUAUCUGAACUGUAUCCACCCUUAAUAAUAACUAGAGGAAUUGUGAGACAAAUUAGUAUGUUCUGGACAGUAACCAAUCAUUUCAGCAUUUGGCUUGCUACAUGUCUCAGCAUCUUUUAUUUUCUCAAGAUAGCUAUUUUUUCAAGCUCUAUUUUUCUUCACCUAAAGUGGAGAGUAAAAAGCACGGUUUCAGCGACACUGUUGACAUCUCUGCUCUUCUUGUUUUUAAACAUCUUAGUCAUAAACACACAUGUUGGUACCUUGGUUGAUGGAAUUGAAGCAAAGGCAUUCUCCAGUGCUAUCUUAAGUAACUCUACUCAAUUUUCCAGAAAUGUUUUACUCACCAACACUAUAUUUACACUCAUUCCCUUCACUGUGACACUGACAAUGUUUCUCCUGCUCAUCUUCUCUCUGUGGAGACAUCUGAAGAGCAUGCAACACAGCAUCAAAGGCUCCAGAGAUGUCAGCUCCACAGCCCAUGUAAAGGCCUUGCAAAUGGUGGUCACCUUCCUGUUACUGUAUGCUAUUUUUUGUCUGUCCCUCCUUUUGGAGUUUUGUAGCUUUGAAUUUCAUCAGAAAAAUGCAAUUGCUAUAUUUUUCUGUGCCACUGGAAUUGCUUUCCCUUCAGGCCACUCAUACGUCAUGAUUCUGGGGAACAGUAAGCUUAGACGGACAUUUCUUUCCAUGGUGUGGUGGCUGAGGUACAGGCUCAGUGAGGUGGAGCCCUCAGGUUCCUAA